CCACCACGUCCCGCACUGCAUCCGCCCGAGUUUCAUACGCAGCGUCUAACUCUACGAACGCGAUACGAUGGUCCAACCUAACACCGCGGGGAAUCCGCUGAGCGCGGGCUCGCUCGCCCUCUUCAUGGCGGCUAGCCUGCCCAAAAGCGCCGGAUCGCAACUCAAGAACCCGUUCGAGGCCGUGGCGCUCGCGGUCCAUGCCGGCAUGAUCGCGGUAGGCUUCCGGCUCAUCGGACUCGGCGAGGACGAUAGAAUAGAAGCGCAGGCAGACGCGCAGAACCCGCAGCCGUUACCGACAGAAUGGAACGCUUCCAACUCAUACGCCUUUCGCUACGCGCACUCACAAUCGUCCAUGGAAUACAUGGUAAAGGUGAAUAGACUGGGCGGCAAGGCCGUGGUGUUCGGAAUUGCAAUGGGCGACGACAAGACGACGACUUUCGACGUCGCGGUCAAGGACUAUCUCUCCGAGUCCUCGCUGCCCGUCUCGGUGUCGGAAGACACAACGACAGAGGACCUUUCGAGGACAUUGCAAGACGUAUUCAUCUCGUCGGGCCGCCUCAACGACCUCGGCUCGCUGCUCAAGAUCUCAAUCAUACAGAAACUGGCGCCUGGCCUGCACAAAGAAGGAUAUGAGGAGUCGAGCACAGAGAACAACCGUGAUGCAAGCGGCGCACGGCAGCCCAGAGAGCCAGCGCGCGGAGGCGAACCUGGCAAUCCGCCACGCAUACCGGAAACCGAGCCUGAGCCUGCGCGUCCAUAUCCUUUCAAUGACCCUCUCGCUGAGCCGCGCCGCCCUGGACGACCGCUGCCAGAACCCAUCCCAGGCUUCGAAGACGAGUACGAGAUCAGCCGCCCGCCGCGCGGCCUACGGGACGACAGAUUCCCAGCCGGCAUCGGUCACGACGACCUCUAUCCGCCUGGCCUGGGACCUCAUGAUCCGCUCCGCCCGCAUCUUGGCGGGGGACUACCACGCCCGGGUGGCAUGGGCGGCGGCAUGCAUCCCACUUUCGACGACCCGCUGUUUGGUGGUCGAGGGGGACAGGGUGGGUACGACCCUACGGCACCUCCUGGUUCGCGGUACGACCCCGUGGGGCCUGGAGGUGCGCCACGGGAUAAUCGGGGUGGUGGGCCUCGGUUUCCCGGUGGUGGGGGCUUUGGUGGGCCUGGAGGUAGGCCGCCAAAUCCUUUCAGUGGCUUUGGCGAUGGGGAUUUCAUCUAGUCCCGCUGCUGUAGGGCUGGCUUGAGUCUCGCGGCGGCAUCGCGAGGUGGAAAAAUUGAUGACGAGGAUGAUUUGCAUUGCAUUUUCUUGCGGUAUGGGUCUACAGGUUGCAUGGAUAUGGGCGGGCUGCAUUUAUGAUGUUCACAUUUGUUUUGGGUGGGCACGCCAGUGGUAUUUAUGAUUCGGUGGGGAAUUCCAAGGCUGCAAUGAGAUGACCUUUCCUUCCGUAUCAUUAGCGAGGGCAGCAGCAAAUGUACGCCUUCUCAUCGUCUAUGGUUUCGUGAAAGAGUUAUUACCCCAAAAAGCAAGAUGGUGCGAGGUUACCUCCAGCCUGUUCGGCACCUUCCUCUGUACUGUCUUUAGUCGUGAAGCCUAAUUAGU